UAUUUUUAAGUAGCUUAUAAUUAUAAAAGAAAUAAUUUAAAAAAUGAAGAUUAAAGUUGUCUUUGAAAACAAAAUUCACAAACUUCCUUAUUCUAUCAAUAAUUACAAGGAAAUAAGAGAAACCAUCCAAUGUCUUUAUCCAUAGAAUUUAGGGGAAAAUUUCGAGAUUUACACUUAAGUUCUUCCAAGUUUUUUUUAUAAAACUUUAUUAGAAUAAACACCGUUUAGAAUCAAUGACGAAGAGCAUUUUAAUUAUUUAAAAUAAUGUUAUGGGCAUUUACAACUUAAAUUUAUAAUAAAAAAUUCUAAGGACAAGUCUUAUUUAAAAUAAGAUGAGAUUGAAAGCCUUAAUUAGAGCAUCCUUAUAUAAUAUAAUAAUUAAGAUAAUAACGGUUGUAACUUUAGAAAUAAUUUUAGACAUUAUUUUUAAUUAAUAAAAAUAAAGAUACACUAAUCCUUAAAUUCUAGAUAUAAAUUCGUUUGAAACUAAAUAAAGCACUCUAGAGUGUUUUAUAAAAGAGCUUGUAGACUAGAGAUUGGAAUUUCAUGGAUUGCUUCAACCAAAAAUUUAGCCUGUUUUCAAAAUGAAUAUAGAAUAUUGUCAAUCAACUUAAACUGUAAUUCCAGGAAAAUCAUUUUUAUGGAGUGUUCGCUUGAGAAAUACAAGUAAUAUAAAGUGGUCGAAGUAAGAAGUGUAUUUAAUGUGUAUCGAAGGUUAAUUCUUAGAACAAAAAUUAUUUGUAUUAAUAUCGAUUUUAUUAGUUUAAUUACGACAUUCCAAUAAAUGAAAUUUGUACUAUAGGUGCAAAAUUGAUUGCUCCUUAAUAUUUAUCUAACUCUCCAUAAAUAUUUUAAGUAAAAAUAAAAAAAUUAAUUAAAGUUAUUUCACAAAGAGUAAUCAUUUGGAAAAUAAAUUAUCUUUACAUUAAAGAAUAAAGAAAAAUUAGAGCAGAGAAAAUAAUUUUUAUUGAAAAAGCUCUAAAAAAUUAUCUAAAGAUAAUAACUUCAGCUAAAGACAGAAUUUUUCUAUAUUUUAAACUAAAAUAAAAUAUUAAAUAGCAAGAAACAAAAAAAAAUUGUGGAUUUAAUAUGA